AUGGGUAAGUCUGCUUCAAUCUAUGCCCAAGAAAGGAGGCAUGACUAUGAGUUGAUUUCUCUUAAGCCUGUUACUUGUUUGAGAAUUUGCAUGGACUACUAUAAAAUCAAGUCGUGGAAUUUAAAGGAUGCUUUCCCAAUGCCCUUCAUGGAUCAAAUGCUAGAUCGGUUGGCAGGAAGGGGGUGGUAUUAUUUAUUGGAUGGAUAUUCUAAAGAUAAUCAGAUAUGUAUUGCUCCUGAAGAUCAGGAGAAGAUAACGGCUUUACAGAGGUGUGUGGAAUUCAAUUUUGUCCUUAAUUGGGAGAAAUGCCCCUUCAUAGUAAAGAAGGGCAUUGUUCUCGAGCACAAAAUUUUAGCAAAAGGGAUAGAGUUUGAUGAAUCCAAGAGGAAGCUGGUUGAGGCCCCUAUCAUUGUUGAACCAGAUUUGUCAAAACCGUUUGAGAUAAUAUGGGAUGCAGGUGGUGUUACCCUUGGAGCUGAAUUAGACAUCGAGGUUAAGGAUUACAAGGGAUAUGAGAAUCAAGUGGCUAAUCACCUAUCCAGACUCGAAGGCAAACAGGCAGUAGAAGGUGAGCUAGAAAUUGAUGAUUCCUUUUUGGAUGAGAAAGUGCUUCAAAGUAGAAGCAACUAA